UCCUAAUCAGUAAGGGAUGCGAAGAAUUGACUGCAAACUAUAAUGCAGCCGCUAACGAUAAAAUGGUUCUUAUCCAGUACGCUCCCAGCACACUCAAUUCCGCGUGUGAGCCUUCUUGAAUCUGGAACAUCGUUUGUGGGUCUGGAAAAUCCCCAUCAAAGACCCCACGAUUCUGAGAAAAAUUGCCAAAUGGGGAUUGUUACCAUUCGAAAAUCUUCAUGCUCCAACCCGUUCGGCCAACCAUAUUCUUUCAAAUCUCACAAGCAUUCUCGGGUGCACCCGACCCUGACAGGGUCGUUGUAUGCAUAAACUCGGUUCGUCGGAUCUACCCAUUUGAAACCGUCAACACAACCCUUUCGGUACAACCCCUCAAGAACUGUGGCCACCAUGUGUUCAAUCAUCACUUUUGUGCCCCAUGCUUUCCAUCUUUUCAACGAGGAAGGCAUGUUUGAUCAGCCACAGUCCUUCUGACAGGCAAAACAGGUGGCCCGCGGGAGCAAUGCCAUAGCAGAUCUCCCCACAAUAUGAGCUAUUCUCAAUACACUACCAAGCAUGGAACUGAAAUCCGGUGUAGAGCAAGUUGCUUGGCCCAACAACUAUGCCGUUCUUCUUCCCUACUCUUUGACCAUUCGUCCUGUUCAGCCUCAUCUUUUGUUUCCUUUUCGCUACUUUUUCGCCUUUCCCGCCUGCUCUGCUCAGUCAUGAUGCUUUUCAACUAUUAUUCUUGAUAUACACUUAUUUUAAUAACAACAAUCGAAUUGGAAUUCUAGUCUUGGAACUAGAUUUCUAUGGUUCCCCAUUCCUCGCUGGAAGAGGCUUCUCUUCCAUUUCAAUCUUUUAUUCGAAGCAACAUGGAGGAAACACCGCAGGAAGACUCCGAGGGGCCUGAUAAUAUCAUUUCCGUUCCAACAGCAACGAUCACAGUUGUACAACAAGUCACAGUACAGGAUGAGAAAUCUCUCAUUACAUCGCCACCAAGGCUAGAACUCCUUCGACGAGCACCUCAAAAUGAUAAUCAGGAACUCCAACGACUUUCGCAAAGCGCUGCGGAAGCUGUUCGGCAGGCUCAACAAUCGGCUUCCCAGUCGAUAGGAGAGAUACAACGACAAGCUGCAGAAGCGACAAGACAAGCUUCACAGUCGGCAGCACAGGCAGUACAACAAGCUCAACAACAAGCUCAACAAACCAUAGCAGAAAUCUCCAGAAGCGCUGAUCAAGCAGUAGCUGCUGCUACUCAAAGUGCAAAUCAAGCUGUGGCACAGGCGCGGUCUGAGGCAUCUCAAGCUGUCGAUAAGGCAAAUGAGCGUGCCCAAACGUCUCUUGUAAGAUGUCACAUAUAUAUUCUAACAUUAACAACACUAAUCUCUCAAUCAACAGGACAAAGCAGCGGCUCAAAUCAACACAGCUUCGACUGAAGUAGCUCUCGCCAUAGUUGGGAGUAUCAUCGCUUCGACUUUAAUAACAAUUCUUAUAUUCUUUCUGGUCAACAAACACAAAAAGGCGAAACGAAGAUUGGAAAGGAAGUCCAAAGAAAAAGAUCGUUCGCUAUCACCAACACCGUCGUACGGAGAACCCAACCGUUCCGCCUCAGAAAAGGCCGGUACAAACCCUGCAGCUCUAUCGAACGAGAGAGACGUGGGAGUCAACGAUAUGGCAACAACGCCUCGGGGAGGAGCGAUGAAGUACACCGAGGUUAAAUGGAAUCCUAACAACCCACCUCAAGCGCCCACGCUAGCAAAUUGGUUGAUGGUUCAAGAUGGAGUCAGCCCUUACCGUUCCAUUUCUCUUCCAACGGAUGAUGAAAAUGCGGGUCCUCUGGGAGGACAACUUAAGUCACCAUUACGAAGUAUUCCGCCAAAAUCCACAAACCCUUCCUACGGAUUCCCGAGUUCACCAACCGCCACGAGGGAAACUAGGAUACCUGGCGGAGACCUACCUUUCAGGCAAAAAGACUCAGCACGAGAAAGCGUUGCCGAAAUCGGUAAAGCAACCAUCAAACAAGGCAUCGUUCGUCAAAUCACCGUCUCCAAAACUCAACCGUCCCUUCGAAGCAAGCCUUCGAUUGCAAGCUCCCACACCCAAAAAGAUUCUAGAACCGACUUCCCAACUUACGUGGGACCACCUAAAUCAGAAAUAGAAAAGACAGCUCAGAGACAAAGUGGAGUCUCGGCUUGGAAAGAUGACAAACGUGGUUCAGAUAGAGCGCCUUCUUCGAUCUUCCCUUCUCCACCCACAACAGCGAGGGGAGAGGGCAACCGAAUGGACAUUCCCCAGACUAGAGGACCAGUAAGGACGACGGCUCAAUGGCUUGAGAGUAUUCGUAUUGCGGCGGAGGAAAAUCAACAAGAUGUUGUGACUAGUGAUGUUAGCAGUAUGUCUAGUGCUGGUAAAAGGAGUCUUGGAAGUGGCAGCGGUAUUGGGUUACCCUCGAAUCCUAGGAUUGGAGGUGGCUUGCCUGGGAACCCGAGAGGAGAUAGGAAGACGGCCAUUACCAGACAGGACACUGUCCAAAGUCAGCGGGGGGAGUUGGGUAACGUUGAAAGUGGAAGCCUCUCAACGAAUCAGCUGGGGAGUUUGAGGUCGAGAGCUUCAAGUGUAGGUACGAGGGGAAGAACAAACAGUGUUUCGAGAGUUGUUGACACACCUUCUGUUGGUAGGGCACUAUAACGAUAUGGCUGCAACUUUAUGGUCCUAGAGAGUUGAUGCUCCCGUUAUAUGGACAUGAUGGAGUUUUGUCGACAUACCAUAUUCUUUCACAUUUUUACUUCUAGCAGAUGGAAAGUUUAUGAAGAUAAAUAUAAACAAUAAUGAAAUAGUCCUUCUAUACUAUAAGCAAAAAAAAUGAAAUUCAAUAUGCC